GCAGCGCGGGCCGUGCGCGCUCGGCGCCCAGCGCAUCCCGGUCCCCGCCCAGGCUGGGACUGGCCAGGCUGGCUGGUGAACUUGGCGGUUUUCUUUCUUUAUUUUUUCUCUCCCAUCCCUGUGGUGGUCGCGACUCCAGCCAGGGUCCAGGAUGACGAUCCGACACCAAGGCCAGCAGUACAGGCCGAGGAUGGCCUUUCUCCAAAAGAUUGAAGCACUUGUGAAGGACAUGCAGAACCCGGAGACGGGGGUGAGGAUGCAGAACCAGAGGGUGCUGGUCACCACCGUCCCUCAUGCCAUGACAGGAGGUGAUGUUCUGCAGUGGAUCAUCCAGCGCCUCUGGAUCUCCAAUCUGGAGGCACAGAACCUGGGCAACUUUAUUGUCAAGUACGGUUACAUUUAUCCCUUGCAAGACCCCAAGAAUCUCGUUCUCAAGCCCGACGGCAGCCUCUACAGAUUUCAGACCCCAUACUUCUGGCCCACUCAGCAGUGGCCAGCUGAAGACACAGACUAUGCCAUCUAUCUUGCCAAGCGCAAUAUCAAGAAGAAGGGGAUCCUAGAAGAAUAUGAAAAGGAAAAUUAUGAUUUUUUGAACAAAAAAAUUAACUACAAGUGGGAUUUUGUCAUUAUGCAGGCCAAAGAACAGUACCGGACUGGGAAGGAAAGAAACAAGGCAGACAGGUAUGCGCUGGACAGCCAGGAGAAGGCGUACUGGCUGGUGCACCGCUGCCCUCCGGGAAUGAACAAUGUGCUGGACUACGGCCUGGACCGUGUGACCAAUCCAAAUGAAGUUAAGAAACAAACAAUCACAGCUGUCAGAAAAGAGAUCAUGUAUUACCAACAGGCCUUAAUGAGGUCCACAGUGAAGUCUUCGGUGUCCCUUGGAGGGAUUGUCAAGUACAGCGAGCAGUUCUUGUCCAACGACGCCAUCAUGUCUGGCUGCCUCCCUAGCAACCCCUGGAUAACAGAUGACACCCAGUUCUGGGAUUUAAAUGCCAAAUUGGUGGAGAUCCCAACCAAGAUGCGGGUGGAACGGUGGGCCUUCAACUUCAGUGAGUUGAUUCGAGACCCCAAGGGUCGACAGAGCUUCCAGUACUUUCUCAAGAAAGAGUUCAGCGGGGAGAACCUGGGAUUCUGGGAAGCCUGUGAGGACCUCAAGUACGGAGAUCAGUCCAAGGUCAAGGAGAAAGCGGAGGAGAUUUACAAGCUGUUCUUGGCCCCAGGUGCGAGGCGGUGGAUCAACAUAGAUGGCAAAACUAUGGACAUCACAGUGAAAGGGCUGAGGCACCCUCACCGCUACGUGCUGGACGCGGCGCAGACCCACAUUUACAUGCUCAUGAAGAAGGAUUCUUAUGCUCGCUAUUUGAAAUCUCCAAUCUAUAAGGAAAUGCUGGCCAAAGCCAUCGAACCACAGGAAACCACCAAGAGAAGCUCCACCCUGCCCUUCAUGCGGCGCCACCUGCGCUCCAGCCCGAGCCCCGUCGUCCUGAGGCAGCUGGAGGAAGAAGCCAAAGCUCGAGAGGCCGCGAACACGGUGGACAUCACCCAGCCAGGCCAGCACUUGGCUCCCAGCCCCCACCUGGCCGUGUACACCGGGACCUGUGUGCCCCCUUCUCCUUCAGGCCCCUUCUCCCCAUCUUGCCGCUCCCCCCGGAGGCCCUUCCCCUCGCCCAGCCGCUUCAUCCGGCGGCCCAGCAUCGCCAUCUGCCCCUCGCCCAUCCGAGUGGCCUUGGAGAGCUCCUCCAGCCUGGAGCCCAAGGGCGAAACCAGCUGGUCUGGUGGCCACUGUGGGCCUCUGGUGACCAGCGAUAGCAGCGAGGCCUCCCUAGAGCCCCCCGAGCCCCGGAGCCAGCCCAGGGCCCGGGCCAAGCCCCGCGCGGCCCUGUCUCUCGGCCGGUUUCUGAGACGAGGAUGCCUGGCUUCCCCGGUCUUCGCCCGACUUUCACCCAAGUGCCCGGCUGUUUCCCACGGGAAGGUCCAGCCCUUGGGGGAUGUGGGCCAGCAGCUGCCACGGCUGAAAGCCAAGAAAGUAGCGAACUUCUUCCAGAUUAAGAUGGAUGUGCCUACGGACAGCGGGUCCUGCCUGAUGGACUCGGACGACACUGGAACCGGGGAGUCUGGUGACCGGACCACAGAGAAGGAGGUCAUCUGCCCCUGGGAGAGCCUGGCUGGAGGGAAGGCAGGCUGAGCAGGGCCCUGAGCCAGGAAGAACUUCCUGGCAGCUGCCAUGGGACAGGGCCCCAGGGCACACUGGCUUUUCAACCCAAGUGCAUUAAGAUGGCAUUGGAGGGCUGGCGUGUGGGGAAGUGUGCUCUGGCUGACUUCCCCAGUGGCCACUCCUUCCCUUGCCUUGAUUUCCCCUUGCCCUGACUUUUCCUUGCUUGGCCAGAAAGGCAUGUGGGCCAGAAGAUAUCCCUUGCUGCCUUAAAACCAAUAAAAGGGUUGUUUGGAAUCUUCUUGAAUUGAAA